UAUUCAUGUUGUGAGUAAUAAAAAAUAAUCAUUAUCAAUUUUAUAUUGCUAAAACGUUUAAUUCCGGAUGACAUCAUCGAAACUUUACUUUGUUGCUCUUUUAAUUAUCCUUUCAGCUCUUGUUAGUAGUGUUCAAUCCAUUCGAAUUAUGGAUGCUUCGUCGGAUUGUGAUUUCAGAGGACCUUGUAAGAAGAAAGAAGAUUGUUAUGCUAGAUGUGAAGUGGACAGACCACCUUUUAAUAAUGCUACAUGUGUACACAAAGGAAGCAGUCGCCAAUGUUGUUGUAUUUUAUCGUGAGUUUUUGAAGAUUUUCUUAUAUUUAAUUAAUGUUAAAAUAAAAUUUCUAAUAAAAAUAUAUUAAGUUAUCCCCUAAA